AUGUAUAGUGCAAGUGAGGGGAAAAUGCGGUGCUGGCUGGUGGUAGUGACGCUGGGUUUGCUGGCGGCGGCCGCCAUUGAGCAGGUGGGAGCCCACAGUCCCGGGCCAGGACCGGGGCCAGGGCUAGGGAUGCGGGUGGGGCUGGGGCAGCAGGGCGUGCAGAUUGUGCCCCGGCGGCGCUCGUCCAGCGACGGCGCGAUGCAGUCGAGGGCCGUCGAGACGCGCGUGCAGUUCAACCUGUACGAGAACGAACCGAAGGGCACGGUGGUGGGCUACAUCCCGACCAAGCCCGGCUUCACAUACCGCUUCAACGAGCCGCCGCGGGAGUUCCUGCUCGACUCCAGCACCGGCGAGAUCAAGACGAACGCCGUGCUGGACCGGGAGGGACUGCGGAACGACCGCUACGACCUGGUGAUCCUCUCCAGCCAACCGACGUACCCGAUCGAGGUGCGCAUCACCGUGCUGGACGUGAACGACAAUGCGCCCGAGUUUCCCGAGCCCACGAUCGCCGUCUCCUUCUCGGAGAGCGCCAUCACGGGCACGCGGCUGCUGCUGGACGCGGCCACCGACCGGGACGUGGGCGAGAACGGCGUCACCGACGACUACCGGAUCGUGGACGGGAACCACGAGGACAAGUUCCGGCUGGCGGUGACGACCAGCCCGAACGGGGACGUCUUCUACCUGCACCUGGAGACGACGGGCAAGCUGGACCGCGAGAGUCGCGGCUUCUACGCACUCAACGUGUCGGCCCGGGACGGGGGAGAACCGCCCCGCCACGGCUACCUCUGCGUCAACGUGACCAUCCUGGACGUGAACGACAAUCCGCCCAUCUUCGACCACAGCGACUACAUCGUGUCGCUGAACGAGAGCGUCCUGCCCGGGACGCCGGUGCUGCAGGUGAUGGCGUCCGACAGCGACCUGGGCGACAACAGCAAGAUCACGUACUACCUCGCGGACACCGAGACGCAGUUCACCGUCGAUCCGGAGACGGGCGUGAUCGCCACGACGGAGCGGCUCGCCUGCCCGCAUCAGAACUGUCCGGGGGACGGCAAGAGCUGCCCCAAGAGCUGCGUGUUUACGGUGUUUGCGCGAGACCACGGGACCCCGCGGCAAGACGGCCGCACGUACGUCACGGUCAACCUGGUCGACACGAACGACCACGAUCCGGUGAUCCGGUUCCAGUACUUCCCGCCGACCGGCCGGUUCGCGACGGUGGACGAGAACGCGGCCAACAGCUCGGUGGUGGCGGCCGUCUCGGUGGUGGACGCGGACGAGGGCGCCAACGGCGACACAAGCCUGCGCAUCAUCGCGGGCAACGACCUGCAGCACUUCCGGCUGGAGAAGUCGCCCAGCUUCUACAUCGUGCGCGUGAACGGCGUGCUGGACCGGGAGGAGAUCGGCAAGUACAACCUCACGGUGGUGGCGAUGGACCGCGGGGCGCCGCCCCGCACCGCCACCGCCCACCUCAUCAUCCACGUGAACGACGUCAACGACCACGAGCCGGUGUUCGAGAAGUCCGAGUACUCGGCGGUGCUGAGCGAGCUGGCGCCGGCCGGAACGUACGUGGUGAGCAUCACGGCGACGGACGAGGACACGGGCGUGAACGCGCAGAUCUUCUACGAGUUCGUGGCCGGCAACCACGAGCAGUGGUUCCGCAUCGAUCCGACGUCGGGGCUCAUCACGACGCGCGCGCCCCUCGACCGCGAGGUCCACGGCCACCUCGAGCUGAGCAUUUCGGCGCGCGACGGAGGUCCCAACCCGAAGUGGGCGCAUACGCAGCUCAAGGUGACGGUGCUGGAUGAGAACGACGAGGCGCCGGCGUUCGCGCAACCCCAGCUCAACGUGACCGUCAGCGAGAGUGUCGCCCCGCGCACCGUCAUCGUCUCCCUGACGGCCGUCGACCACGACCAGGGAACGAAUGGGAGUAUCACGUACGCGUUUCACCCCGCCGUCGACCGCACGUACCCGGGAACGUUCGAGCUGGAUCCGGUGUCGGGGCAGAUUGCGACCCGCCGAGCGCUGGACCGGGAGCAAGUGGCCGCCUACACGAUUGUGGUGAUCGCAAGGGAUCACGGUUCGCCUCCGCAGUCAUCGAGCGCCACCGUGCGCCUCACGGUGUCCGACGCCAACGACAACAACCCGGAGCUGUACCCGCGGAGCUACUUUGUGCCGGUGGCCGAGAACGCCCCGCCGGGGACGGUUGUGGUGCGCGUGACGGCCACUGACCGGGACGAGGGCGAGAACGCCCUGGUGCAGUACGAGCUGCGGAGCGCCGUGCCCGAGGGUCUCUUCGCCAUCGACGCCGCGUCCGGCGCGGUGACGCUCCGCGGGAACCUGCAGAAGUCUCCGACGGCCAUCCACAAGCUCGUGGUGGGCUGCAAGGACCGGGGCGGGCGGCGCGCCGAGCGGGACGCGACGGUCGAGAUCAUCAAGGCGGCGCUGCUGGAGGAGAUCGGCUUCGAGGGCCCGCCGGCCGGCUACACGUUCCAGCUGCGCGAGGACAACGGCUUCGAGCGGCGCGCGACGAACCGCGAGGUCGGCCAGGUGCGCACGAAGUGGGCGUCGGCGUCUUCCGGCGCGGAGUUUGCGAUCGUGCGCGGCGAUCCGCUGGCCUCGUUCCGCAUCGACGAGCGCACGGGCGUGAUCAGCACGGCCCGGCACGUCGACCGCGAGCAGAAGGCCUCCUACAGCCUCACGGUUUCCGCCCGCAACGGUCCGGCGUACGGCGAGACGCUGGUGAACGUGACGAUCGUCGACCUGAACGACAACGCGCCCGCCUUCCUCGACCACGACCACGACGACGUCCGGCUGCCGGAGAACGCGGCCGUGGGGCAGGAGGUGUACGUGGCGCGGGCGCGAGACGCCGACACGGGCCCGAACAGCCGGCUCACCUUCGGCCUGCCGGGCAAUCCGGCCGGCCUGUUCCGGAUCGCCGAAUCGACCGGCGUCCUGUACCUCAACCGCUCGCUCGCCGUCGAACCGGGCACGGUGCUGACGGUGGAGAUCAGCGCGACGGACGCCGGCACCCCGCCGCUCACCACCCGCAGCCAGGUGCAGGUGACGGUGGACGACGUGAACGACCACACGCCCGUCUUCGACCACACCUCGUACGAGACGUCGCUGCUGGAGUCGAUGCCGGUGAACUCGCGCUUCUUCGCGCUGGCCGCGUCCGACGCCGACGCGGGCGCCAACGGCCGCAUCUCGUACGCCAUCGUCGAGGGCAACGUGGACGGCAAGUUCGGCAUCUUCCCCGACGGCUACCUGUUCGUGCGCAGCGCGCUGGACCGCGAGCAGCGCGACUACUACGCGCUCACCGUGGUCUGCAUGGACGACGGUCGGCCGGUCUCGCGCUCCUCCUCCGUGCCGCUCAUCGUGCACGUGAUCGACGAGAACGACAACGCGCCGCAGUUCACCAACGGCACGUUCGUGUUCAGCGUGGCCGAGAACGAGCCGGCCGACACGUUCGUGGGCAAGCUGACGGCCGUCGAUCGCGACAUUGGCCGGAACGCCGAGCUCAUCUACAUGCUCUCGUCCUCCUCGACGUCGUCGUCGUCGUCCUCGGCGGCGGCGGUUGGGGUUGGCGCGAGGGAUCACGAGGAGGACUUUAGCAUCGAUUCGCGCAACGGAUUCAUCCGCACGAGGCGGCCUUUCGACCGGGAGGCACUCGGUGGCCAAAGCUUCCUCACCCUCGAAGCGACCGUUUCGGAUAACGGGUUGGUUCGGUUGCGGGAUCGCGUUAAGAUCAAGGUGUUCAUCACGGACGUGAACGACAACGCGCCCGUGUUCAUCCGUGCGCCGUACCGCGUGCAGAUCUCGGAGGGCGCCUCCAUCGGCACGCAGCUGGUGCGCGUCUACACGCACGACGCCGACGAGGGCCUCAACGGGGACGUCUUCUACUACAUCGCCGACGGCAACCGGGCCGAGCGGUUCGCGAUCGACGACUCCACGGGGCAGAUCUCGCUGGUUCGGCCGCUGGACCGCGAGACCACCGCCUCCUACCGGCUGACGGUGGUGGCGCACGACGCCUCCAAGCAGAACCGGCUGAGCGCGUCCACCACCGUCACCAUCGACGUGCUGGACGAGAACGACGACGCGCCCGAGUUCACGCAAACCCUCAGCCAGAUCUCGAUCGUCGAGACGACGCCGACCGGCACCGAGCUGAUGCGAUUCCGCGCCACCGACCUCGACCUCGGCGCCAACGCGCAGAUCGGCUUCUCCAUCGCGGCCGGCAACCGCCGGGACACCUUCCACAUCGACCCGCUCUCCGGCGCGCUCUUCCUGCACAAGCCGCUCGACUUCGAGGACACGCCCGCCUACGCGCUCAACAUCUCCGCCGCCGACGGCGGCAACCCGCGGCUGGCCACCACCGUCCUCUUCACGGUGCACGUCAUCGACGCGAACGACAACCCGCCCGCCUUCCCCAACACCGCCAUCGUGCGCCAGAUCCGCGAGGGCAUCCCGCUCCACACGCCCAUCGUCACGGUGACGGCCGAGGAUCCGGACUCGGGCGCCAACGGCCAGGUUCGCUACGAGAUCUCGCACCAGCACCCGCCGCCCGACGGCAAGCGCCACUUCGGCAUCAACCCGACCACCGGCGUCAUCCACACGCUGCACGCCAUCGACCGCGAGGCCAUCGACACCUACCGCCUCACGGUGCUCGCCACCGACCAGGCGCCCGUCGCGGCCGAGCGCCUCUCCGCCGAAAAGCUCGUCACCGUCAUCGUGGAGGACGUGAACGACAACGCGCCCGUCUUCGUCUCCAUGAACGCGGCCAUUCUGCCCGGGAGCGGGCGAGGUUCCGACCCGGCCGCGACCGAGAUCAUGCGCAUCCACGCCGAGGACGCCGACUCGAGCUCGAACGGGCUCGUCACCUACGAGAUGAUCGGCGGCAACACGGACCUCUUCCAGCUCCACCGCACCACCGGCGCCAUCACGCUACGAAAGCCCAUCCUCAAGCCCGACAUCCGCUACCAACUGUCGGUGCGGGCCACGGACGAGGCCGUCCAGGCGGAGCGCAAGAGCAGUGACGCCUACCUCACGAUCCUCGCAUCGGGCGGCGCCGCAGCCGCCGGUGGACCCGUGUUCGCCAAGAAGGACCUCUCCGGGAGCGUGUCGGAGAACGAACCGGUCGGUACGAGCAUCCUCACUGUCUCCGCGUACCUCAACUCCGUCAGCGACAUCGAGUACUACGUGACGAACGUCACUUCCGGCGUCGACGGGCGGCAGGUGAAUCGGCUGUUCGACAUCGACACCAAGCUCGGCAUCCUCUCGACGGCGGCCGAGCUUGAUCGCGAAACCGGAAUCGAGCACUACGACGUCGAGGUGUAUGCGAUCGCGGUCGGCGCCGUUCCCCGAACUACCAGCACGAGGAUCCGAGUGAACGUGCUGGACAAGAAUGACAGUCCGCCAAAGUUCCAGAACCUCCCGACGGUGUUCAGCGUGUCGGAGGACCUGGCCGUCGGCCAGACGGUGGCGCGCAUCACCGCCACCGAUCCGGAUACGCUGGGAAAACUGGAGUACACGCUGCUGAAGGGGGACACGGCCAAGUUCACGCUGGAGCGGGAAACCGGUUUGCUCAAGCUGGGCGACACGCUCGACCGCGAGACGGAGGACUCGUACCGGCUGACCGUCAGUGUGACGGACGGCAUCCAGAGCACCGAAAUGACGAUCACCGUCCAGGUCACCGACACCAACGACAAUCCGCCCGUCUUCACGGAGCCGGCGUACUCGUUCGAUAUUCCGGAAAAUGCGCAGCGUGGUUUCCACUUCGGAGUGAUCGCGGCGACCGAUCCAGAUGUCGGCACCAACGCCGCCGUCACCUACACCGUCAUCUCCGACUGGGCGAACGACGUGUUUUCGCUCAACCCCCAGACGGGCAUAUUCACCCUGACAGCGCGACUUGACUACGAGGAGGUGCAGCACUAUAUACUGGUCGUGCAGGCUCAGGACAACGGUUUUCCCAGCCUAUCCAGCACGGUCACCGUCUACUGCAACGUGGUCGACCUGAACGACAAUGCGCCGAUCUUCGAUCCGAUGAGCUACUCCAACGAAAUAUUCGAGAACGCGCCGAUCAACUCCGACGUGGUUACGGUCAGCGCCACCGAUAUAGACUCCGGAGUCAAUGGACGCAUCGAAUACUCAAUUACGGCAGGCGACGACAACGAGGACUUCCAGGUCAUGAGCAAUGGAACGAUCCGGACGCACCGAGCGCUCGACAGGGAAACGAAAGCCACCUACAACCUGGUAGUGACGGCUCGAGACUGCGCCACGGAGCCUGAGAAGCGACUCUCGUCCACCGUCCAGGUGACGAUCCUCCUGAAGGACAUCAACGACCUGGCGCCGGAGUUUGUGACGCCGAAUGAGACGAGCGUCACGGAGAACAUUCCGGUCAACACGGUGAUCAUGGCGAUCAAGGCGAUCGACCGGGACGAGGGUCGCAACGGGUACGUCGAGUAUCAGCUGGCCGAGGACGCGACGUCCCCGGUCUCCUCAUUCACCGUCGGCCAAGCGGACGGACUGCUGCGCGUUUCGGGGCCCUUGGACCGUGAAGCCCGCUCCAGCUACGAGCUGAACGUCAUCGCCAAGGAUCGAGGCGAUCCGCCGAAAUCCACGACCUCGCGCAUCCACAUUUCGGUGCUGGACGAAAACGACAACAGUCCCAUCUUCGACCCGAAGCAGUACAGUGCGGCCAUCGCCGAGAAUGCCAGCAUCGGAGCGAGCGUUCUGCAGGUUUCCGCGACCGACGUGGACGAAGGCGCUAAUGGACGAGUGCGCUUCUCGAUAGCGGCCGGCGACGACAACCGCGACUUCACGAUCAGUGAGGACAGCGGGGUGGUGCGGGUGGCAAAGAACCUCAACUACGAGCGCAAAUCGCUGUACGCCAUCACGGUGCGGGCGGAAGACUGCGCCGGCGACACCGAGCACGGCGAGGUGCGCUUCGACACCGCCCGCCUCUCGAUCACCAUCACCGACAUCAACGACAAUCCGCCGACCUUCCUCGAUUCGCCGUACCUCGCCUACGUCAUGGAGAACGUCAUCCCGCCGAACGACGGCUACGUCAUUACGGUGCGGGCGUACGACGCGGACACGCCACCCUUCAACUCGCAGGUGCGAUACUUCCUCAAGGAGGGCGACACAGACUUCUUCAAGAUCAACGCGUCGACGGGUGAGAUUUCGCUACUCCGGGCGCUCGAUCGCGAGCUGCAGGAGGAGUACAUCCUGACGCUCGUCGCCAUGGAUACCGGGUCGCCGCCGUUAACGGGAACCGGAACGGUGCGUGUAAUGGUGCAGGACAUCAACGACCACAGCCCAGAGUUCGAGCGGCAAUCGUACGCGACGACGAUCGCGGAGAAUCUCCCGAUCGGAACGAGCGUCCUGUGGCCGCGGGCCUCCGACAAGGACGCGGGUUUGAACGCGAAGCUCCGCUACACGCUGGUCGGUGAGCAUUCCGAGCGCUUCCGGCUGGAUUCCACGACGGGAGAGAUCCGCACCGGGACCGUGCUCGAUCGUGAGGACGUGCCGGUGUACCAAUUCACGCUGAUGGCGCAGGACAGCUCGACGACGGAACCGCGGGCGACGGCCGUCAACGUGACGAUCGGGGUGCAGGACGCGAACGACAACAGUCCAGCCUUCAGUGCGCCCUCGUUCCACGUUAACGUGCCCGACCGGAUCAAGCCGGGCCAGUUCGUGUUCGGCGCGAAGGCGGUCGACCGGGACGAGGGACAGAACGCGCGCAUCCUCUACUCGAUCGUCGGCACAGACGCGGCCAAGUUUCGCAUUAACGAGCACACGGGAGUGAUCGAGGCGACCACCGAGCUGUCAUCGCCCUCGGCCACCACUUCCGGCGCCCACGCUGAGCGCAUCUUUCGGCUGACGAUCGUGGCCCGCGACCAUGGCUACGAGCCUCGCACGGCCAGCUGCGAGUUGGCGGUGUCGCUCAAGUCAGCCCACCUCUUCCCCGUGUUCUCCUACACUGCCGAGACGCAGUUCGUGUUGUCCGAGGACCUGGCGGAUGGGAAAGUGGUCACCAAGCUGGCGGCCACCUCGCCCAAGAAGGGUUCGGUCGGUGCGAUUCGAUAUGCGAUCGCCGGCGGCAACAUCGGCGAUGCACUACGCAUCGAUCCGAGCACGGGCGAGGUUGCGGUGAACCGGGGAGGCCUGGACUACGAGCGCCAGCAGCAGUACGAGGUGUGGAUCGAAGCUGCCGACUCCGACCGGCCGAGCCUGCGCAGCGUCGUGCAGCUGGUUGUGAACGUGACGGACGCGAACGACAAUCCACCCAUCAUGGAGCGACCGGUGUACGUGGCGGAGGUGCUGGAGGAGGAAUCACCGUCGCAGCUCGUCACCAAAGUGUCCGCGAGCGACGCCGACUCGGAGGAGAACGGACAGAUCACCUACCGGCUGCGGGACGACUUCGAGGCUUUCGAGAUCAACGCCGAUACGGGCGAAAUUUACACGACCACGCGCCUCGACCGGGAGGACAUCGCACAGUACACGCUGCUGGUGGAGGCGGUCGAUCAGGGCAUGCCACAGCUGACCGGAAGCGCGACCGUGCUGGUGAACGUGGCGGACAAGAACGACAACCCGCCCAAGUUCACGCGCCUCUUCUCGGUGAACGUGACGGAGAACGCCGAGAUCGGGCAGUUUGUGAUCAAGAUCACCUCGUCCGACUCGGACGUCGGUGUGAACGCGAACGCAACCUACAUCUUCACCGAGAACGUCGGCAGCAAGUUCUCGAUCGACUCCACCACCGGCAACGUGACCGUGGCGGGCCAUCUCGAUCGCGAGCAGCAGGACGAGUACAUCCUCAAGGUGGCCGCGGUGGACGGGGCGUGGCGUGCGGAGACACCACUCACCAUCACCAUCCAGGACCAGAACGACAAUGCGCCCGAGUUCGAGCACAGCUACUACAGCUUCAACUUUCGCGAGCUCCAGAAGCCGGUCACGUUCGUGGGGCAGGUGAUCGCGACCGACCGGGACAAGCAGGGCCCGAACUCGGUCAUCUCGUACGCGCUGCAGCAGCCGAGCGACCUCUUCACGAUCGAUCCGGCAACGGGCGAGAUCUUCAGCAAGCGCAAGAUCAACUACAAGCACACGCAGCUCGAGGCGUCGCCGGAGAACAGCUUCACGCUGACGGUGCUGGCCACCGACAACGGCAAGCCACCCAUGUACACCGAAUGCGUGGUCAAUAUCAACGUGGUGGACGCCAACAACAACCCGCCGGUGUUUGCGCAGCGCACCUACAUGGCGCCCGCGCCCGAGGGAGCCGACGUGGGCCAGCGGAUCGUGCAGCUGGUCGCGAAGGACGAGCUGGACUUUGGUGUGAACGCGGAGAUCGAGUACCUGGUCACGGGAGGCAACGGAUCGGCUCAGUUCGCCGUGAGCAAGCUCGACGGAUGGGUCGUGGUGAGUCACGUCCUGACCGAUGUGGCCGUUCCCGGCACGGUUUACGCGCUCAAGGUUCGCGCUGUCGAUCGAGGUGUUCCACCGCAGCAAGACGAGGUUGAGGUGACGAUCAUCGUGACAGGGGCUAACAAGUUUGCUCCCGUCUUCCAAAGUCCCUCGUACCAGGUGAUUGUGCCGGAGAACGAACCCAUCGGCUCGACGAUCCUCACCGUGAGCGCACCGGACAACGACGACGGCCCGAACGGGAUGGUGCGCUAUUCACUGCUUGCCGGCAACGAUCGGAACGAUUUCUCGGUGGACGCCAUCAGUGGCGCAGUCAUCAUCCGGCAGCCGCUGGACUUCGAUCUGGUGCAGAUGUAUCAGCUCAACAUCACGGCCGAGGAUCUGGGCUACAAGCCGAAGCGCUCCGUCGCCAUGAUCACGAUCACGCUGACCGACAUCAAUGACAACGCGCCGUACUUCAACCAGUCGACGUACGAUGCGUACGUGGCGGAAAACUCCCCGCCCAACUCGUUCGUCUACCGCGCCCAAGCGCACGAUCGCGACUCACCCAAGAACGCCAUCAUUCAGUACGCGAUCGUGGGCGGGACGGGUCGCGAGCUGUUCGCCAUCGAGUCCGCCACGGGCAUCAUCACGUCGCAUGCCACCUUCGACUACGAGGAGCAGGAUCAGUACACGCUCACGAUCUCCGCCUCCAACCCCGACUCGCCGAUGCGCAACGAAACGAAGGUGAUCGUGCACGUAACCGGCGUCAACGAGUACUACCCGAAGUUCGUCCAGCCGGUGUUCCACUUCGACGUGUCCGAGUCGGCGGAGGUGGGUGCGACGGUCGGCAUAAUCGAGGCGACGGACAAGGACUCCGGUGAGGAUGGCAAGGUGUACUACCUGCUGGUCGGUUCGAGCAACGACAAGGGCUUCAGCAUUCACCCGGGGACGGGCGUGUUAGUUGUGUCGCGCAACCUCGACCGAGAGACACAGUCACGAGUGGUGCUGACGGUGUUGGCGAAGAACUAUGGAGGCAUCCGAGGUAACGACACGGACGAGGCGCAGAUCAUCAUCUCCAUCCAGGACGGAAACGAUCCACCAGAGUUCCAGCGCGACCUGUAUGAAGCCACCAUCUCCGAGGGCGACCCGGUCGGUACGAAGGUGCUCGCGGUAAAGGCUGUGGACAAGGACGUGCGUCCGCAGAACAACCAAUUCACGUACUCCAUCAUCGGUGGGAAUAACGACCAUUCGUUCAAGAUAGACCCACAGUCGGGUCAGAUCGAAACAGCCCGUCCGCUCGACCGGGAGAAGGCCCCUUUGCACAAACUGCUGUUGGGAGCCAUAGACACCGGAACACCUCCACAGACCGGCACAACUACGGUGAAGAUAACUCUCUCCGAUAUCAACGACAAUGGGCCCACGUUCGAUCCGAAAGAUACGGUCGGUUCGGUGCUAGAGAACGAACCGCCGAACACGGUCGUUAUGACACUCGCUGCCAGCGAUCCGGAUCUACCUCCGAACGGUGCACCCUUCACGUACUACCUCGUCGGAGGGCGACACAAGUCGUUGUUCACCCUGGAGCGCCACUCGGGCGUACUGAAGACGGUACGCAGCCUUGACCGCGAACAAACGGCUCAGCUAACGCUACUCGUCGAGGUGGAAGACAACGGGAAGCCACGGAUGCGCACCCAGCACACCAUCACCGUGAACGUGCUGGACCAGAACGACAGCCCAUCGACGCCCCGUACGGUUCAUGUGCUGUCGUACGUGUUCAACGGUGGACCCCUGCAUGGACCCAUCGCCAGCGUUCACCCGAACGAUCCGGACACUACCGGCGACUAUCGCUGCAAAAUCUUAUCCGACGUCAACAAGCACCCAGUGACGGCGUUUACGAUUGCAAAUGGCUGCCAGCUGCGACCCACCUUCGGCCGCAAGAUUCCUCCCAACGGGCAGACGUUCAUGGUGUCGGGUAACGAUGGCAAACACCCCGACGUCACGUCAACGGUGUCGGUCGAGUUUCUGCACUUUGACAACGCCACGGUGGAGAACUCGAUCACGAUUCGCAUCACGAACGUCAGCAGCGCCACGUUCCUGGCGAACUACUACCGCAACUUUGUCGACAUUGUGAAGUCGUCGCUCGAGCCAGCGGACGAGCUGAUCCUGUACGGUCUGCUGAACGUUGGCAAGGCUCUGCACGCGACCGUCGCCGUGCGGAAUGCGCCGGCCAAAGGCUUCCGCCCGAAGCAGGACGUCGAGAAGCGCAUCGGACAGAAGCAGGAAGCGAUCAACCAGCUGCUACCGAACGUACAAACCAUCGUCGGCUAUGACCCGUGCCGAGCACCGGAUGCUUGCGCCAACGGAGGCGUGUGCACUGCGUCGAUCAAGGUGUACAAGGAUGACGACAACCACAUCAUCGACAGUCAAUCGCUCAUCUUCAGCGCACCUCCCGUACGGCACGACUUCCUGUGCGCCUGCCCAGAUGGCUACACAGGAACCCGUUGUGACAAGCGGCAGGAUCCGUGCUCACCAAAUCCUUGCCACGCCGGAGCGCAGUGUCGCCGCCAGGGGUACGACUUCCAGUGCAGCUGCCCGGCGAAUCGCGAGGGCAAGUACUGCCAGCUGGAACGCGGCGACAUCUGCUCGAGCGGACCGUGCAAGAAUGGCGGCUCGUGCCGCGAGAGCUCCGACGGGUCGUCCUUCUUCUGCCUCUGUCGACCGGGGUAUCGUGGGAACCAGUGUGAGGCCGUGACGGACUCGUGCCGCCCGAACCCAUGCCUGUACGGGGGACUCUGUGUGAGUCUGAAGCCGGGCUACAAGUGCGCCUGUGUCGACGGUCGAUACGGACGGCACUGCGAGAAGACCACGUUUGGGUUCCGCGAACUGUCCUACAUGGCGUUUCCGGCGCUUGACGCGGCCACCAACGACAUCUCGGUGAUCUUCGCCACGACCAAACCGGACGCGCUGCUCAUCUACAACUACGGCAUACAGAGCGGGGGCCGGUCGGACUUUGUCGCCAUGGAGAUCGUCAACGGACGGGCCGUGUUCUCGUACGGAGGUGCCCGCACCGCCAUCACGUCGCUCGUCGUUGGCCAGGGCGGAUCAGUUGCUACCGGCGGGCGGACGGGUUCGAUCUCGAACGGUGAAUGGCACAAAAUCACGGCGACUCGCAACGGGCGCGUCAUGUCCCUCAGCGUGUCCAAGUGCACCGACAAUGGUGACUACUGCGACGACUGCCGUCCUGGCGAUUCCAGCUGCUACGCGGACGAUACCGGUCCUACUGGAACGCUCAACUUCAACAAACACUACCUUCUGGUAGGUGGGUUGAUGGCCGCCGAUCCGGUGCUGGAACGUCCGGGCCAGGUGCAUUCGGACGAUUUGGUCGGGUGUGUGCACAGUGUGUCAAUCAAUGGCCGCGCCCUCAACCUCAGCAAUCCGAUCAAAUCGUUCGGCAUCGAGCCGACGUGCCAGCGAAGCACGGGCGGUUCCGGCGGUCCUUGCAGCGUGGGGCUGCCGGAAGACCCGGCCCAGCCACUCUGCGGCCCGUACGGUCAGUGUAUGGACCGGUGGCACACGGCCCUGUGCCGUUGCGGAGGCUCGAUCCUAUCGCCGGACUGCUACGGCUCGCUGGACGCGUACUCCCUCCAGGACGGUGCGUUUAUCGAGUACGAGAUUACGGAGAAGCACAAGCGCAUGCAGCUGCUGGAGAACAUCUACACCGGUCGCAACUGGAUCUGGAGCUACGACGUGACACGCCAGAAGCGCCAGCACGAGCCGGCACCCACCCUCACGAUCGCUGAGGAUCCGCCCAAAUACAUGAGCAUCCUGUUCAAGACGACCAAAGCAAGCGGCCUGCUGAUCUACGCCGCCACCAGCCACAAGCACUACACGGCGGUCGAGCUGCGGCACGGGAAGCUCUCCUACACCUCGCACCAGACGUCCUACGUGAACGUGUCGGCCGGCGGGCAGGACGGAGGGCCCGGAACCGACGGGUCGCUGGCCGACGGACGCUGGCACAACGUCACACUUCACUCGCACAACCGCGUGCUGCAGGUGCUGGUGGAUGGGCGAGCGGUGGUGCCGGACCUGGACGCGACCGGUGUUCACGACUUCCUCGACCCAUACCUCACCGUGCUGGCCAUCGGGAACGUCCGGCGCGAGUAUUUCGUGGGCGAAUCCGAGGCUCACGCGAUGCCAGCGCACUUCCAGGGCUGCCUGGCGAACUUCACUAUCAACGGCGAAGUGCAGCCGUUCAACGGCUCCGGCAGCAUCUUCCGGACGGUGGUGCAGCGCGGCAACGUGCUGCAAGGGUGCGCCUGGGAUGUGCUCGGCACGGCGCAGGUCACCAACCCGCUCAACAUCGGCAUCACGCUCGUGAUCGUGUUCUUCGUGAUGCUGCUGGUCGGCAUUUUCAUCUCGUUCCUGGUGGUUCGCUGUCGGCGCCAGCACAAGGAGAAAAGCGGUGCGCUCGGAACCCACUCCUCCACCGCGCUGCACUCCAAACAAAAUGGCGGCGGCGGAGGAGCUGGCGGCGGUUCGACGCUGCUGAGCGGUUCAGGGCUGGUUUCAUCCGGCGGACUGCACACCGACGGCAAUGGGCGUACGCUGCACGUCAACGACCUCUCCGUCGUGGGCUACCACGCGGGGGAGGGAGGUGCGGACAUGCUGAGGGCUGUGAGUGGCCACCACCUCGUAGGGCCGGAACUCAUCUCGAAAAAGUACAAAGAGCGGGACCUCGGAUCCACGGAACCUCAGCGACCGCAGCGUCCGGACAUCAUCGAGCGUGAGGUGGUCAGCAAGAGUCCCCCGCUGCCCCCGCCCAGCCAGUCGCACCAUACCUCGUCGGCCCCGCACGACCACCCCAACUCGACGGCCAUGGACCUCGGCUCCGAGUAUCCGGAGCACUACGAUCUCGAGAACGCCAGCUCGAUCGCUCCUUCGGACAUCGACAUCGUGUACCAUUACAAGGGCUAUCGGGAGGCGGGCGGGGUGCGCAAGUACAAGGCCACCCCGCCACCCGUCGCCAGCGCCUACACCCACCACAAGCACCAGACGUCGGCGGCGGCGGCGGCAGUGGCGGCGGCCCAGCAGCAGCAGCAACAACAGCACCGCCACUCGCCGCACCACGCCGUCGCCGCCGGGGGCAACCCGUACGCGCCGCGCGUCCUCCCGCCGCCCCAAGCUAGUCAGCCGCCGCCGCCCUCGAACGCGUCGGCGCACGCCCGCCAGCACCAGUCCACGCCGCUGGCCCGCCUGUCGCCCAGCUCGGAGCUCAGUUCGCAGCAGCCCCGCAUCCUCACGCUGCACGACAUCUCUGGCAAGCCGCUGCAGUCCGCGCUCCUGGCCACCACCUCCAGCUCGGGCGGCGUCGGCAAGGACGCACUCCACAGCAACAGCGAGCGCAGCCUCAACAGCCCCGUCAUGAGCCAGCUGUCCGGCCAGAGCUCCAGCGCGCGCUCGCGCAGCAAGAAUCCGGGCGGGGGUCCCUCGCAGCCCCCGAACGUCGUGUCCGUCAGCUCGGUCGUCACCAUGCCGGUCGGACACGGCGGCAUGGGCCUGACGGCGGAGGAGAUCGAGCGGCUGAACGCCCGACCGCGCACCUCCAGUCUCGUCUCCACGCUCGACGCCGUCUCGAGCAGCAGCGAGGCCCCGGCCCGCGUUCCCGCCCCACACCUCUCGCACAUGCACCACUCGCCGGCCGACAUCGACACGCACAGCUCGACCUCCACCGACGAGAGCGGCAACGACAGCUUCACCUGUUCCGAGAUCGAGUACGACAACAACAGUCUCAACGGCGGCGACACCGGUCCGGCCAACCCGGGACCCCGCGACUCCGGCAAGUACGGGAAGGGGCGAGGCGACGACCCGGGCAGCCGACGCACCGACACCUCGAGCGCCGGGACCGGGGCCGGCGACACUUCCGGCCCGCCCGGAUCAGGCGGCAAAGGAAGUGGGCACCUACCACCGUCCGCCUCUUCGUACGACGGAUUCGACUCGUCGUUCCGCGGUUCGCUCAGCACGCUCGUCGCCUCCGACGACGACCUGUCCAGCCACAUGGUGGGAAUGUACGGCCGGCAGCCGAACGGAGGUGGAGCGGCCUCCCCAUCCGCCACCGGCUGGGACUACCUGCUCAACUGGGGCCCGAACUUCGAGAGCCUCAUGGGCGUGUUCAAGGAUAUCGCCGAGCUGCCGAGCGACGUGCCGACGGUGAACGGGCGAGUGCCGAACUCGCUGCGCAUUCCCACCGGCGUUCAGCCGAAACCCUCGGAGGAGUACGUCUAG